CCAAAACAUAUCCAUAUUUAUUUUUUCUCUCAAGUCAGGUCUCAGAAUUCUGCAUUAAUUAUAAAUAAAUUCGAUUUCUUAUUGAAAAAGUUAAUAAAUGUUUGGCUAAAGUUGAAGAAAACCCACAUAAUUUGUCAAUAAGUUCAAAAUAUAAAACAUUGACUUGCAAAGAAGCCCCUAACGUCAGAACUAAGCUGCAAAAGAACCCAAAUUCCCGCAGAUAGGCGGGGUCGAUGAUUGUUACCCGUCUGAGUACACAAAUUGUAGUCCAACAAUAAGAUGGCUCGACCAAUCUAUCCCAAUCAGCAGAAAAUUGCCGAGAAAUUAAUCAUCCUCAAUGACCGCGGCAUAGGCAUCCUCACUCGCAUCUACAACAUCAAAAAGGCAUGCGGCGAUACGAAAUCCAAACCGGGGUUCCUCUCCGAAAAAUCACUUGAGUCAUCGAUUAAGUUCAUUGUCAAGCGAUUCCCCAACAUUGACGUCAAAGGACUGGGAGCAAUCGUCAACAUCAAGGCGGAAAUCAUCAAAUCCUUGUCUCUGUACUAUCACACGUUUGUGGACUUAUUGGAUUUCAAGGACAACGUAUGCGAAUUGCUUACGACCAUGGAUGCUUGCCAAAUUCAUCUGGACAUCACUCUUAACUUUGAUCUAACCAGGAACUAUUUGGAUCUUGUGGUGACGUAUGUUUCGCUGAUGAUUGUGCUUUCACGUGUGGAAGACCGUAAGGCCGUGCUGGGCUUGUACAACGCCGCCCAUGAACUACAGCAUAAUCAGAGCGAUUCGGGCUUCCCACGACUUGGCCAAAUGAUUCUAGACUACGAGGUUCCCCUCAAGAAGCUUUCAGAGGAAUUCAUUCCUCACCAACGACUUUUGACGAAUGCGAUCCGUUCCCUUACCGUCAUCUACCCAUUGCGGAACUCAACUGCAGAUAAGUGGCGUGAAAUGCAGAAACUCAGCCUGGUAGGUAACCCGGCAAUUCUCCUGAAAGCCGUCCGCACCGAUACCAUGUCCUGUGAGUACAUUUCCCUGGAAACCAUGGACCGCUGGAUUAUCUUCGGACUGCUGCUCAAUCAUCAGAUGCUGGGCCAAUACACCGAGGUCAAUAAGAUGUGGCUAUCGGCUUUGGAGUCGAGUUGGGUGGUAGCCCUUUUCCGUGACGAAGUACUUCCAAUCCACCAAUUGAUCCAGAACACUUUCAAUGAAAUCAAAGGCUACAGCAAGCGGAUCAACGAGGUUAAAGACGCCUACAUUACAGCCAUCCAGAAGGCGGCAUUGGUGCACCGAGAACGUCGCAAGUUCCUGCGCACCGCACUGAAGGAAUUGGCACUCAUAAUGACCGACCAACCGGGACUUCUGGGCCCGAAGGCCAUAUUCAUCUUCAUUGGCCUGUGUUUGGCUCGGGAUGAGAUCUUGUGGCUGCUUCGUCAUAACGACAACCCGCCAGCAAACAAAAACAAGGGCAAAAGCAACGAGGACCUGGUUGACCGCCAAUUGCCCGAGCUUCUUUUUCACAUGGAGGAAUUGCGUGCUCUGGUUCGCAAGUACAGCCAAGUAAUGCAACGCUACUACGUCCAAUACCUCUCCGGCUUCGACUCGACCGAUCUCAAUAUCCGCAUGCAAAAUCUGCAGGUCUGCCCGGAGGAUGAGAGCGUAAUUCUGUCCUCGCUGUUCAACACCUCAUCCAAUUUGACUGUGAAGCAAGUUGAGGAGAAUGAGCUUUUUGACUUCAGGGCAUUCCGAUUGGAUUGGUUCCGCUUGCAGACUUACAUGAGCGUUGGAAAGGCGGCUUUGCGUAUUGCAGAGAACAUCGAUCUAGCACGACUCCUCGACUCAAUGGUCUUCCACACCCGCGUCGUAGACAAUCUCGAUGAAAUUCUCGUAGAGACUUCGGACCUUUCGAUAUUCUGCUUCUACAACAAAAUGUUUGACGACCAGUUUCACAUGUGCUUGGAGUUCCCAGCUCAAAAUAGGUAUAUUAUAGCGUUUCCAUUGAUUUGCAGUCACUUCCAGAAUUGCACUCACGAGAUGUGCCCCGAAGAACGUCAUCACAUACGCGAGCGUUCGUUAAGUGUGGUGAAUAUUUUCCUGGAGGAAAUGGCCAAAGAAGCCAAGAACAUCAUCACCACGAUAUGUGACGAGCAAUGCACCAUGGCCGACGCACUCUUGCCAAAACAUUGCGCCAAAAUUCUCUCCGUCGCAUCGACUCGCAAGAAAAAGGAUAAAUCCAAGAAGCAGUACGAUGACAUCCGUAAGCCAGGAGACGAAAGCUAUCGCAAGACCCGCGAGGACCUAACAACCAUGGAUAAGUUGCAUAUGGCACUAACAGAAUUGUGUUUCGCCAUAAACUAUUGUCCCACGGUGAACGUGUGGGAGUUUGCCUUCGCCCCACGCGAAUAUCUCUGCCAGAAUCUGGAACAUCGCUUCUCCCGGGAUUUGGUUGGCAUGGUUAUGUUCAAUCAGGAAACAAUGGAGAUCGCCAAGCCCUCGGAGCUGUUGGCCUCGGUGCGCGCUUACAUGAACGUUCUCCAGACAGUCGAGAACUACGUUCAUAUCGAUAUUACCAGAGUUUUCAACAACUGCCUGUUGCAACAGACUCAAAGCCUCGACUCGCAUGGAGAGAAGACCAUCGCCGCGCUGUACAACACUUGGUACAGCGAGGUCUUGUUGCGACGCGUGAGUGCUGGCAACAUCGUCUACUCAAUGAAUCAGAAGGCAUUUGUGGCGAUUGCUCCGGAGGGAUGUGUUCCAUUUAAUCCGCAGGAAUUCUCAGAUUUGAAUGAAUUGCGGGCUCUUUCGGAACUGGUCGGACCGUAUGGAAUAAAAUCACUGAACGAGACACUCAUGUGGCACAUUUCAAACCAAGUACAGGAGCUUAAGAGCCUCGUCGGUCUGAACAAAGAGGUUCUCAUAACACUGCGCACGAGUUUCGAUAAACCAGAAGUUAUGAAGGAUCAGUUUAAGAGGCUUCAGCACGUAGACAACGUCUUGCAGCGCAUGACAAUAAUCGGAGUGAUCCUCUGUUUCAGAAAUCUAGUUCACGAAUCCCUGGAAGAUGUCCUGGAAAAGAGAAUACCCUUCCUCUUGAGCUCGGUAAAAGACUUCCAAGAGCAUUUGCCUGGCGGUGAUCAGAUUAAAGUCGCUUCGGAAAUGGCAUCAGCAGCAGGCCUCCAAUGCAAAGUUGACCCUACUCUGACCACCACCCUCAAAUCAAAGAAACCCGAAUUCGACGAAGGGGAGCAUCUGAUUGCAUGUUUACUGAUGGUGUUCGUAGCCGUGUCCAUUCCAAAGCUGGCUCGAAAUGACAACUCCUUCUAUCGCGCAUCCAUGGACGGUCACUCAAACAACACCCAUUGCAUGGCGGUAGCUAUAAACAACAUCUUUGGAGCACUCUUUACAAUUUGCGGACAGAAAGACAUCGAAGAUCGCAUGAAGGAAUUCCUUGCAUUAGCCAGUUCAUCACUGCUACGCUUAGGCCAGGAAUCCGAUAAGGAAGCUACUCGCAACCGAGAGUCGAUCUAUUUGCUACUCGACGAGAUUGUCAAGCAGUCGCCAUUCCUCACAAUGGACUUGCUCGAAUCCUGCUUCCCGUAUGUCCUGAUCAGGAAUGCAUUUCACGCUGUCUACAAACAGGAACAAUGCAUCUAAGGGAUGCAAUUUAGUAGUUAUUAGAGUAACAAGUAGGACUUAUUUUAUAUUCAUUCAACAGUACGGUAGUAUUAUUAUUGAUAAAAUUGUGGCAAAUAUAAUCAAAUGCUUAUAUUAUGCAAAUUAAUUCUCUCUA